ACUCUUGUUUCACCAUUGAGAAACAUCAACAUAGCAACCCGCGAAAGGCAAUCUCAUGGACGGGUGGCGACAUUUCUUUGAAGGAGAUUCGCCGCCGGCUGAUCUGAAGAUGUAGUUGUCCGAACACGCUUCAGGAUAUUUUAUUAUCGGUUGUUAGGAGAAAAAAGUUGCUAGGUUAGUUGGCAGAAGUGUUAGCUCUCACUGGUCUGCUAGUGUUAGCAGCUUGACGCUAACGUUAGCAAACAGACAGCUGGACGAAACUGAAGAAGUCCGACGAAGUUGGGAUAUUUCCACCAUGAGUACAUCCACGUGAAUGUGUCCAUCGAUAAACGAGGAUUUUUCUUCCAGAGGUGAAUGGAGGAGAUGAGUAGCAGCAGGAGGACUGAGGUGACUCUUGAAAGUUCUGGUCAACAACCUUCAACCAAUCACAACACUGACACAGAGUUGACGAGUGCAUGGAAAGGUUUGGCUCAGAGCAAAGCUGCUCUGCGUCACAUAGAAAACCGCAUAGAAGCGGCUCCAGGAACAGGGGUUUGCCUGGAGUCCAUUAUUGACUCUCAAAAGAAGAAAUCGUCAAAGACAGUGUCUUGCAGAGAUGGACGUCAAAUUGAUGCUCGUGCAGGACUUUCCAAGACCAAGUGUAGAAGUCAACAGAGCCCAGAAAAGAGCAGCUCACGCAGCCCUCUGAGAAACACUACUCAGGACAGCAAUGUUCGGAGGAAUAAUAGUGUGGAGUUUAGGGAACCGUUGGCUUCGUACAGAGAGGCCACCCCUCCACCACAUCCCGCCUCUCAGCUGGAGGCCUACAGUCUGAAGUCAGUGCCAGGGUCUUUGUAUCCAUCCUUUCCGCUUUCUUCACAUCCUAGCCAGCUCGUCUACCAGAGGGACACCAGAGACAAACAGACGGACAGAGAUCUGGACAGCACACACUCCUCAGCUCUAGAGAGUACUGAGGUACGCUACCUCAAUGACCAGCCAGCUCUGGAUACCUUGAGAACUGAGGACAGCACUCCCAAAGCACAACUCAACAUGGGGAGUCACGAGCUGAAUCCAUUUGCGGUUCAAAGCCCAGCCUCUGCGCACCAAGGAGAAAGCACUCCCUCUUCCAGCCCCGGCUCAGCAUCUCAGCGCUUGGAGAACUUAAGGCGACAUCAACCGGAUGAUAGGUUGGAAAAGCUCAAAGAGCGCAUACGAAGGCAAAGACAGCAUCUGGAGGAGGCUGCAGAGAAAGAGAAGCUACUAGGUUAUCUGGAACAGCCCAUAAUGGCAUUUGUGGAAAGUAACAAUGCUGGGACAAGCAACAUGCCGACAGUCAAGAUACGCAAAGUAGCAACUGCACCACCUGCACCUAUCUAUAAAGGUUUCAAUAGUACUGAGACAAAAAUCCAAACCCCUGAUGGAAAAGUUUGGAAGGAGGAGGACUUUCAUAAUCUGAGCAGAGAAAUAUACAGAGACUUGUCUCGACAGUUUGCAGAGACGACUAGAAUCAAGCAUCAGCAGCAGAAGGAACAGAGAGCAGACAGGUCAAAAGAGAAAAGGCACCCCAAGCCAGUCAGGAAGGUCCACAGAGCUGCCCCUGCCUCUGACCUAAAUGCAAAACCAGUAAUCAGCCCUGCGUCGUGGCGAGAGGGCCAGAAACUGGUGAAGAUGGUUCUGGGUUCAGAUCCAAAGCUACCCAGGGAAAAGGAGAGUCACUGUCCUACUGACAGAUCAAGCCGAACAGCUUCCUGUCACCGUUCAGACUCAAGCUCACAAUUAAACCGACGACCUCGCCUGAACAGCACAGAGAGACCUCAGAGUAAAUUUUCAGGGCAACAAAAACGCCAGCAAACAACCUCAUCUGUCCAUUUGUCUGCAGCUCAGAACAAAGCCCCAGUGGAAGUAAGCACAGACCUGUUGUCAGCAGACAUCCAGGGCAUACUUGAUGACCUUCAGCUUGAAUGUAAAGAGGUUGAGGAGGAAAGGUCCCGAAAAAGGUCGCAGAGUGGCAGCAAUGGUAGGAGAGGUAGAGGGAGCUCAGGGUCACAAAUAAGGACAGCGGUCUCUACUUGGGGACAUGCUGGGGCAGAAGCUAACUCCUCAAGAGGUUGCCGUAGUGCAAGUCCCACAACUAACCGAUCAACGACCAGCAUCAUGGCAGACAGAGGGCACAAAAGGCGGCACUACGAUGCAGAUACAGUUCGUCAGUACAUUGCCCGGCAACAAGAGGAGAGAAAACGACGGCAGGCUGACGAGAAAAAGGCCAUGAGGGAAGAAGUAGAAAAGAGAAAUCAGAGACUUCAGGAGCUGUACAGGAAGCAAAGAGGAUUUGCUAAAUCUGAGGUUCCUGUGGCCCUCGUACAAAAGCAAUUCCAGGAGACGUACAGCAAACUGCUUAUUGAAGAGGCUCGGCUCUGUGAGGAGACCACACGGACGUAUGAUGCUGCUUCCUCAAGUUACAUGAGACAAAUGUACCAACCUUCGGGAGAGUCGGACAAGGAGAACAAAAGACUAGAAGCUCCACAGAGCCCCUCGAGUAGUGAUAGGUCUUUGAAUGACCAGCCACCUCCUCCUCCUCCUCUAUCCAGGAAUGCUCUUGAUGUGGGAGUUUCCUCUUUGCUACAGCCAGAUCGUGUGUGCCCAGCUGCUCAUCCUAUUACUGGUUCCAGCUCUAGUCCUCGGACACCCUCUGGCGACCAUCUCCUUUCUCACCUUCUGAGAUUAGAGAAAGUGGCUGGUAACAUCCAGCACACCGAGCAACCCGCUGCAGCGUCUUUCAGAAGGUCGCAGUCUAAAGUCUCUCGCAUUGAGGCCCUCAAGGCCACUGCAGCAUCUCUUUCCAACCGUAUUGAGAGUGAGGCACGGAAGAUUGCUGGUGAUGGGAUCAACUACAAUACAGCAACUUCAGCGGAUGUGGAUAUUUUACACACUCCCAGAGCUUCUCAUUCUAAUGAUGAUUGCUGGGCAGAAAUGGCCUCACGUGGCACAGAAAAUCCUGACAUGGCUGUGAGGAUCCAGAGAAUUUUGACAAGCACAGGCCAUAGCUCGUAUGCUGACAAGGCUCUUCCAGGAACGGGAAAUCUCCAUGCCUUCAGAGAAGAGAUGGAAAAGAAUGUUACUUUGGUUGGUCCAGCCAGUCCAUGUGCAUCUCAUGUGAACUCACAGGAAAAAAGAGAUCUGCUCAAUGGUUCUGGAAAGGUAGAGAGAAUUGAAAAAGUUGCACAAAAUAAGCAAAAUGAGAGGGAGGAGAAUCCAACAGAAAUCCAUGACUCAAGUGCCGGUUCCAUUAGUGAGGGUCCUCUUUUGAGUGAAGGCAGUUUUUCUGAAGAUGAAGCAAGCUGUCCUCAUCCCUUCAAUGGAGGUUCUCCUAGAACAGUCAGUCAUGUGGAGGCAGCGGAUCACUGCACAAGUCAAACGAAGGAUCAUCAGCGGUUGUUAGAGUUCGAGAGUGAUGCAGCAACUCGCUUACCCUUUGCACAGCAUAACAGCAUCAGAACAGGCUGGGAAGAACUGAACAAAGGAAGUCCUCUCAGUGUAAUCAACAUCUUCACCAAAAACCUUUGCGGCCAUGUCAAAGUGAGCGAGAGGAAUUCUCCCUCUGCGCAGUCUGAGCAAUCUGACGAUACCCGUGCAGCGGCUGUCUAUCAAGAUGACUUUGUGUCAUCCCAUAGUAGCAGAGCCAGUGCCCAGAUGAAGAGAGGCUGCAAUUCUCCAAGUGUGAAUAGUCAUUUUGAAGAGCUGAUGAGGAGAUCACCUCAGGAGAAAGCCACAGGAGGCAUCUAUUCCCAGCAUUCGCCUUUUCACUCCUCUGCCCACUCUCCGCAUUAUUCCUCUGCUUCAACAUCUGACUCUUCGCCACUCUCUAGACACUCCACCAGAAAAAAAGGAACACCGUCUGACCACAGUGAUGCUACUCUUGUUGAGGAGCCGAGCUCUUGUUCAGCCCCUUCAGAAUCAUCCUAUUCCAGAAAGAAAGGCUCAAGCAAAUCAUCCGUCAAUAGCAAAGCCAUGAGUGCCCAUACUAAUGACACAUUGGAGCAACAUCACCAAGGGCCUAGAAUGACUUCACCCCCAGAUGACCCACACACUGGUUCUCCUCCGGCAGCAGACUCUCGGAGUGAGCACAUGAGAAGUGGCUCUCAGGGUGCGAAUAGCUCAACUGCAGACACUUCAUCUCAUAGUUUUAAAACUGGGGUGAGGUCCACUGGUAAACUCCAGUAUUCACCCGGGGUCCUGCAGCAGCGUGUGGCAGCAGAACUUCAGUAUCUGGAGUCAAUUGAGGACUCGGUUAGGCAGCUGGGAGACAUGGAGAGGAUCGUGGGUGUGUCCAUGGCACAGCAGGAGAGUGCAUCAUUGGCACAAAUGCUUAAGGCCAAACAGCAGCGUCAUGAACGUGACCUCUAUGAGCUGAAGAUCAAGGCUGAAAGAGAAGCUCUUGAGGCAAAGCUGCAGCUCGAGGAAAACAGACAGAAAGUGGCCAAGGCUCAUAUAGAACUGCAGGAAAGCUUGGCAGCCACUCAAAGGGAGACCUUGGAAGGCCUCCAGGAAUCAACUACAAAGAUGAUGAGUCAACAGGCUGAGGCAGCACGCUAUACAGUCGAUGCUGCACGACACAUCAAGGAGCUGGCAGAAAUGGCUCGGUCACAGAUCCCUCCUGGUGUCACCGAUUCCUCCACGUUGGACCAACAACAGAGUUCCCAUCUGACUCAGCAGCAAGAUAAAGCUGAAUCUGACAGCUAUCAGAGUGAGCUGUCAAGCAGAAGAGCCAGGUCAGAGGAACCCCCAUCUUCACUGAACAGCCUCAGUCCAUCUGACUCACUAUCCUUCAAAAGACCUGACAUGAGUGGAGCUACAUCAGGUAGCCACCAUAGCACAUCCCAUGUCUCCUCAGAUUACAGUGAACAAGUGAAGAAUGAGCUCGCUAACAGAAAAUGGAGGAACAGCGGUGGAGAAGGAAGGCCAGAUAAGGAAGUGGCCAGCAGCUCCAUCGAAGAGGAAGUUGCAACAGCAGCUAAUGACUCCAUUUUGAGUGACAGCAUUCACUCAGCAUUGGAUGAGAAAGGUGACAGUACAUCAGUUGCCACAGAGUACUCUCUCAAGUUUGAUGAGUCCAUGACCGAGGAUGAGAUCGAAGAGCGCUCCUUUCGUUCCCUGUUGCCAUCGGAGGCACAUCGUCGUGGAACGAUGGAGAAGUCCCGCCACCAUGAGCUGCAGGAUGGAAGUGUAGCCUUCUCUGGUGGACAAGACAGCUUUUCACAGUUCACUAUGGACAUGGUGCGCCAGUACAUGAAGGACGAAGAAGUAAGAUUGCAGCACCAGAGCUCUCUGCUCCAUCUUCGCCAGAAAGCACUCAAGGAGAAGACCCGAACUGAGCUGGCUUGGCUAGAGCACCAGAAGAAGAGGCUGAGAGACAAAGGAGAGGAUGAUAAAAUGCCACCCAUCAGGAAGAAGCAAAGGGGGCUUUUGAUGAAACUCCAACAGGAACAGGCUGAAAUCAAGCGGCUUCAGGAGGCAAACAAAGCCGCGAGGAGGGAAAGGCAGUUGUUAAUGAAACAGCAGGAGGAGAUUGAGCGUAUGAGAAACUCAACACUCAGACUGAAGGAGCGUCUCAAGUGUGCUGGUGGUGAAGCUUCUCCCAAAGCACCUGUGUCGGAAUUGGCUGGAUCUGAAGCAGCCUCCCCCAAUACAAGGCAUUCUGAAGACAUCCGGAGCCCCUCUCCAUCACUCUCAGUCUCUGGGAGUGAGACCAGCAGCAUCAUGCAAAAGCUCAAGAAGAUGCACUCUCAGAUGGAUGAAAAACACUGUUCUUCUCUCCACUACUUCUUCUCUGUGUUCUCGGCCCGCCACUGGGCUUCCCUCAGUGUCUGUCUUCCCAAGCUCCACCCUAAAUUACAGCUUUUUAUCUGCAACCAGUUGGGCAGGUUCCUGACCAAACGAGAGCAACAGUUGAUACAGCGGCGCCACCAUGCCGAAGAACUGCUGCAAUGGAAACAGCGGUUGGACCAGGAGGAGGCUGAGGUCCGUAGGAUGGAAAAAAAGGCCUUGGCUGUAUGGAACCAGAAAAUGCCUCAGGAUCAGCAUGAACUGUCCGAGACUCCGAAAGAAGAGACCUCGGAUGUUAGCUUUCAACCCAGUCAUUUCCAAAGCUCAGAGGACGGAGCUGACAGCGAAAAAGAAUAUGCGACGGAAGGUGAAUGUCCCUCAGUACCCGAGUCCAGUAUACACAGCGAGAGACUCACAUCACCACCUGCUUCAGUCUCCAAAACUCCUUUGGAUUCUAAUCGGAACAGCGAUCCCAAUUACUCCCCGGACUUCACUUCAGCAUCUCAGUCACCAAGCAGACAACCUUCUCACAAAGGCACCCACAGGCUCGCCGGCUCUUCUUCAGAUGGUAGCAAUAAAACCAAGAUGCAACUCCGCUCCACCUCCCAAACACCCAGUGAAGUCUACAAUCAGUCUGCUGACCCUGCCAAGUCCAAGCAGCUUGAAACCAUUUCUAACCAGAGUGACAUAGAGAGUCGGGUGAAGGCUCUGAAGGAAGAAGUCAGAAAACGGAAGCUUAUGGCCUACCGUCUAAAAAAAGAGCAAAAGAAGCGAAACAAGGAGCGGCUGAAAGCACAGGAGGCAAGCCUUCUAAAACAACUGCAGAAUUACAACAACUUCAUUGUGAAAACAAAGGCAGAACUGUGCAAAGAGCCAGAGGUAGCACCUGACACCAACUCUCAGAUCAACGAAUCUACAUCCUUUCAAGAACCGUCACUUGAUCCGCCAUGUCUGCACAGGUCUGAAGAGAGUAAAAUCUCAGACUCUGAAAGGACACAGAUUGGUGCAUCAUUGGACCAGAGUGCCCUUCUUCAGCAGAAUUAUAGUAAAUCCACGCCUGUGCCUGAAGAUUUGUCCAAUGAGGAGCUGCAAACUUCAACUGUGGCAGUAUAUGGUGGCAAAGAAUGUCCGACUGCAACUCAAGGACGCCAACAGUCCACAGAGUGGCUUUCAGGAACUUCUGAGGACCACAGAGCCAAGUCUGAGAAUGAUGACAUUUCUGAUCAUAAAUCUGAUGUACUGGAAGAGCUGGAGGGGGAAAGGAACUCAAAGGCUGACGAACACUCGGAGCCUCUCCUCAAACUAGAAAGGGACUCCGAUCUUGACUACCAAUCUUCUGCACCUAAGCAUGCUUCCUCUCUCACUGAUGAUGAAGAAAGUGAACAUGCUUCAUAUGUCAGCUCAAAAAAGGAUGGAGAGAUAAAGCAGAGGCAAACAUCUGAAAGAGAGGAAAAUCAAAAGUCCAAAAAUCUUGCCUCUUAUUCCCCAAGCCCUUCAUUCAGUGACUCUCAUUCUCCCGAUUCACCUGCUCUACCUUUCAAUAAGGAAACACUCACAAAUAAUAUCGAGGCUCCUGCAUCAGUAGAUCGUUAUCAUGACGAUUUUGAGUCAUCAGUUGAUUCUUCACCCAGGGAAGAUCGGCGUAGUUUUCAUGCUGAAUCUCAAGUCUCUUCUUCUCUCCCAAAAGUCAAAGGUUCACCUGCUAGCAGAGCCACAACGUGUGACAGCCAAGAGGAAGUCACAGAGGAAGACAUACCCGAGGAGCUGACAUGCCGCUCUCCGAAUGAGCCAAGCCAGCAGUCUGAGAGACAGCUCGAUCUGGAUAAGCAGCCAAAAGAUUUCAAACUGGACAGUGAGCACAGAAGUUCUAGCCAUUCUCCUCUGCAAACCCCGGUGUCUCAAGAAAAAGAUGAAAUGCCAGGUUUCAAAAUUGGAGAUAGGGUCCUCGUUGGUGGUGUCCAGCCUGGUACCCUAAGGUUCAAAGGUCCAACCAGCUUUGCCAAUGGCUUCUGGGCAGGUGUGGAGUUGGACAAGUCUGAAGGGAGCAACAAUGGCACAUAUGAUGGAGUCGUGUACUUCCAGUGUGAAGAAUCCCAUGGUAUCUUUGCUCCUCCCGACAAAAUCACACAUCUUCCAGACAAGUUUGAGCUUUACACGGACACCACAGAGGAUGAGGACUCGUUCUUUGAUGACUUGUCAGGGAAAGGUGGUGAGAGACCCAAAACAAAUGAGGACAAUUCGCGUGAACAAAGCAAUCACAAGACUGAAGAUGAAAAAACGUCUUUUAUGGACACAAGGCAUGGAGAUAAAAAGAUUAUGGGCAAAUCUCAGAAGGACCAGCCUCAACUAAAAACCACAUCCUCCUUCCAUUCUCAGCAUCACAAAGAAUCUGAGCAUUCAGGGUCUAAUGGUGAUGCUCGAGACAUAGUGUUGAAGUUUAAAGAUGCGUCACACUCUAUUUUCAUCUCAGAUUUGGAAAGUAAAGAGAUCACAGCCCUGACUGAGAGAGAUGAUUUUACUCCAGUAGAGCCAACCAUAAAUAUCAGAGAUGACAUUAUUAGAAAAGAGACGGACAUCGUUCUGGUAGACACAUUUGCUGACAAACUUGUCAACACUUAUUUGAAAGAUACCCUGAUGCAGUUUGCUGAAAUUAAAAAGGCUAAAGAGCAGAAGAUAGCGUCGCUUAACCAGGAGAAUGGAGACUUGUUUAGUGAAUCUGCUGACAGAGAAGAAUGGAUCACUCCAGUGGAUCAAAAAGAUGGUCUGCCGUUCUUCCUACCAGCUGACAAAGAGGAAUUAUCUUCUCCAGAGCUGUGUAACCGACCAGAGAGUCCAGUAUUGGGGGCUGUUGGUCAAGAGGAGCUUGCCAAGCGACUAGCAGAACUGGAACUGAGCCGUGAACUGCUGGAUGAGCUGGGUGAUGAUCAGGACUGGUUUGAUGAAGACUUUGGUCUCAGCUCAAGAAGAGAACAGCAGAGACUCAAACAGGAAGAGGAAGAGGCAAGGUUGGGAGGAGGUCUCGGAAGAUCCGGUUCAUCGACUGUGGUAGCUAUGGGAGGGAUGGUUUCAUCAAGUCUGGAGCAGCAGGUGAAGACUCCUCCUCGGCCAGAGCUCCCUCUCCCGUUGCCUCCUAAACUACCCGAGCAGCCGGCGAUGGUAGUGCCACAUUCGGCUGCAGAGGUGGAGAAGAUGGUCCAUGCUGCAACUCAGGAGAUCUGGGAGAGAUGUGAGCUCGGGAGCGGGGAAGAACUCAACCUUGCACAACUGCCGAACCCUCAAGCUUCACAGCAGUAUUUAGGGAAAGAGCCUGACAGCCAGGAUCCAGAGGCUCUGUCUAUCCAUAGCUACAGAAAGGCUGUGUAUGACCUUACAUGGGAAAUACUUCAGGGCAUCUACUCUGAAGACUCCAACAUAGAUCAGCCUCAGUGGUUCAAACCUCGUCGCGCCAAGUCGUCGUCCUUCCACAGAGUCAAGACGCCAGGAGAACUGAGCAAAAUCCAGGAAUUCAUCACUGCAGAAGUACUGAAACUGUACGGUUUGGCAAAAGAUCAGAGCCAGAAGACUGAUUGGCAGAAGAUGCUCAAAUUUGGCAGAAAGAAGCGAGACAGAGUUGAUCACAUACUGGUUCAGGAGCUCCAUGAAGAAGAGGCCCAGUGGGUCAACUACGAUGAGGAUGAACUGUUUGUCAAGAUGCAGCUCGCAGACAGCAUCUUUGAUGCCCUGCUUAAGGACACUGCAGAUGUCCUCACAUUAAUUUCUGACAAGAGGGCCAAAAGAGACACCCUCUCCUGACAGCUUUCAUAAAUUUUAAACAACAACUGCUAGCUCACUCCCAACCUUUCCUCACCCCCGUGAACUCUAACCAGCCGAACACCGCUCGGGCUUCCACCACUUGAUGUGCCAACAGCAACCCUCUGAUGCCUUCAGUCCCACUAUUACCUCUCAGCUUAGCGACUUGUCUUGUCCUUAUUUCUGUGAUGUUAAGUUGCUCAACUUGCUUUUACUUGUAACGGUGAUGUAAUUUUCUUUAGACACAAACCGCCUUUUGGGAAAUCCGACCUUUUUGAACUUUAUCACUGUUGAGUCUGAGCUGUCAGCCCCUUAAUGCCAGUUGGAAAAUCAAUAGAUGUGCUGGCAGGGUGGACAGUGCCAUUUGCUAGCAUGUUAAAAAACCUUGAAUGCUGCCAAAUAGAUUGCUCCAUUGUAGACUUAAGUCUAACAUCCACAUGAAGCAGCACUGUGUUGUUAGACUUUCUAAUUGUAUCGUGUGUCUGUGUGUAUGUGUGCAGUUUAGAUUGUAAUUUGACAAAAAACCUUGUUGUGUUGGCUUUGUAAUCCCACUAUUUGAAAUUAGUUUUGCAUCGGAGUGACCACUCUGCUCUAGUUUGCAACGGUUUUGAUAAGUAUUUCCUAGUCUCUCAAAUGGCCUUAGAUGAAGAGAAAUUGAUUUUUUCAAUCACUUCACAGUUGUUUACAGAGACUUUCUGGUCUUUGUCAAAUAAGUCACUCGAUUAGUGGUCUCUGGUCUAGUUACCCACUUGGUCACUAAAAACAAGUGACAAUUUGCUCUUCAAGGCUCCUUUUAGGUUGAGAACAAAUUUAGCUUUACUGCCUUGGUGGAGUCUCUUAGUUUGGGGACUGUGUGUGUGUGUGUGCGCGCGUAUGUGUGUGUCCAAAAAAAAAAAACUUUUGUAAAUCAGGAAGUUGGCACUUAAAAUUAAUUCUUAUUAAAUUUAAACUAUA